AUGCAUACUGAAAACGAUGACUCUAAUCGGGCAGAGAAACAAGGUAUAUUCUUGAAGAUGGAUGAUGUUGGGAGGUCCGGUGGAGCCAAAUAUGACUGCUUGCUUUUUGAGUUCAUGCUGCACCACUUGCAAAUAGAAGAAAGUGAGGUACCAAGGAUGUGCCUGGAAUUGUACAGGGAGUAUGGGACAACCAUGGCCGGUCUAAAGGCUCUCGGUUACGAAUUUGACAACGAUGAGUUUCAUUCACAUGUCCACGGCAGGCUACCUUACGAUUCAUUGAAGCACGAUCUGGUGUUAAGGAACCUUCUGUUAUCGAUGCCCCAGAGAAAAAUAAUCUUCACUAAUGCUGAUAAGGCUCAUGCGGCUCAAGUUCUCAACAGGCUGGGCUUGGAAGACUGUUUUGAAGGCAUCAUAUGCUUUGAAACUCUUAACCCUCAUCACCUUGAACCAGUUGAUUGCAGGACAUCAGAUGACCAAAUGGUCCUCAUCGAACGGACACCAGAGGGCAAAGCCAAUUCACCAAUUCUCUGCAAACCCUCUGUGGAAGCAAUUGAAGCUGCCAUUCGUAUUGCAAAUGUUGACCCCGAAAAAACUAUUUUCUUCGAUGACAGUGCUCGAAACAUAGCAAGUGGGAAGGCAGCAGGACUUCAUACAGUCAUUGUGGGAAGUUCAGUACUAGUGCCUGGUGCAGAUCAUGCAUUGAGUAGCAUCCACAACAUCAAAGAAGCAAUACCUGAGAUAUGGGAAGGGGAAGGGGGGCAACAACUAGAGCAAUUUAUACAGUCAACUGCUGUUGACACAGUGGUCCUUGCAUAG